GCUAUGAAGUUGUUCUUACAGCAGUGAAUCUCUUGAGCUAGACCAUGGCGUGUGUGUGGUUUUUGUGAGCUGUGCUUGGUAUUAUUCCCAAUUUGGAGCAGAAUCUCUGGUUGUGUUUUAAUGACUAUAUGGAUGCUUAAAAGGAACUUGAGGAACAAUGAAGUUCGUACUCAACUGUUCCAUGACCUAGAAGCACAGUCGCUGAAGUCUUUGUCUGUGUACAUUGACAAAUGUGCAUCUGAUACAUGUGCGCUUACAUGUGUGUACAGAGGGUAGGCACAGGGGAGCCUGGGAAGCUGCUUCCGCUUGUCCAUCAGCGCGCAGAAGGUUCUAUUCACCUCUCUCCAUGACUGGGUGUGUGGCAGGACGCUGGGCUGUGAGUUAGCUAUAACUAAUGAGAGAGGAUAAAGUUGAGAAAAAUUGAUUUUAAUUGCGUCAUGACAAUGAGAUGAAGUCUACUUGUGCUUCUCAGCAUCCGAGAUGCUUUAUUUGAGCAAUUAAAAUGUCAGGCCACAUACCUGGGAAAUGUUAACCCUACAAGGAAAAGAUAGAAGCUAAACGGCUUUUUUUCCUCGAAAAGGGAAAAAAGAAGCCACGAAACCAAGCAAGUGAUCAGAGUCGAUUACGAAAAGGGUCUACCAUCACCCGGAUUUGACCAAAUCUUUCGUUUGGUAAAGGUCUCAAAGCUCGGUUCCCGGCACCUUCCUACCCCCCUACCCGCUACCCCUCUGCAAAGAAACCGGGGAACUUUUCUCUUUCUCUGGCAUUGUGGGCACAAAGAUGCGCCGGGAGUCCCGGGUGGUGCGCGAGCAACGGAUUUCGUGGCAUCGCCAAGUUGCGGGAGGCGAAGUCCUCGAUUCCAUCCAAAGCCUCUCGCGGAGCCUUUAAGAGGCGUUGUGUGUGCGCGCCGCGCUCGUCUCCCCGCCGGGGCGGAAACCUCCGGUGCGGGGUGCAGAGAGCUCGGGGGCCGCGUGCCCGGGGCCGGCCCGGGCCCAUCCCCCGCCUGGCGGUGGUGGCGGCGCGGCCGCCCCCUCCCCGCCCCCCUUGGCCCCCUGCGCUCCCCGCGCCGCUGCUGCUACGCCGCUCGCGCUAGGACCGGGCUGAGCUCGCGGCCGCCAUGGCGGGGCCGCCGCGCUCCGGCCAAUGACGACGAGGGGGCGGCGCGCGCGCGCCUGGCCAGGCCAACCCCGGCUGCUGCCUUAUAAGGCGCGCCGUCACCAUGGCAACGUGCGCUAAGUUGCAGCAGUCGUGUCAAAGUUCACUAUAUAGAGAGCUCAGUGAGCUGAUCGCGGAGAAGCCACUUCUGCCAGCCCCGGCGCCUAUAAAUCGCAUUCCCUCCCGCGCCCCCCUUUUUAGCAUAUUUGAUCACUUUGAUUCUCUGUUCUUUUCUCUCCGCGGUGUGUGUGUGCGUGCGCGCGUGUGUGUUUUCUUCUCCUCCUCCUCCUCUCCCCGAGUUGCCUCCUUUCUCCGGGUGCCGUGCUGCCUUUUUUCCCUUCUUUCAUUCUUUCUCUCCGUCUUUUUCUCCCCCCUCUGCGCACGAAGGAUGUGCUUCUAGGUGGUGAUCUGCCCUCCUCUCUCUCUUUUAUCAUUUCUCCCCCGCCGCCGGCGAGUUGACUCUUUCCCUAUGUGUGUGAGGCGGCGGCGGCAGCAGCAGCAGCGGCUCCGGCGGCGGCAGCAGCGGCAGCAGCGGCUUCAGCGGCGGCGGCGGCGCUAGACGCGGCGGCUCCGGGCCCGACCCGGCGGCUUCGGCGGCGGCGGCGGCGGCUCCGGCGGCGGCGGCGGCCCGAACGGCCCGCAGGGAGCAGCGAGCGGCCUUCAUCCGGCGAAAGCGGGCGGCGGCGGCCAGAGCGAGCGAGGCGCGCGCCGGGCGCCCGUGGCAGGCGGCGGCGGCGGCCCAGCGCCAGGACGACGCCGCGCAGCGCCGGACGCGGACCACUUUCAUGCUGAUUCCCCCGGACCCGGGCAGUGCUCCGGCCACUCCGCGGGCCGCCGGCCUCCGCCCCGGCCUGCCCGGCUUUCUGGGCGCGCCCGCGACCGGCGCCUCCGCUCUCCCAGUCCUCCUGAUUUCGAUGGCUUUCCUGAAUGGCUGACUGUGGGCUGCCCUGGACUUGGCCCCCGGACAGUCGCCUCUCCUCCUCCUCUUCCUCCUCCUCUUCCUCCUCCUACUCCAACUCCUCGGCACACCAGCUCUGAGAGCGAGAGAGUGAACGAGAGAGGGAGGGAGAGAGUGAGAGUGAGAGCGAGCGAGAUCUUUGGAGAGAUUUUUUUUUUUUUUUUUUUUUUUUUGCCUCCUACUUCUGUCUUGAAGCCAGACAAUCGACUUGCAGCUCUCCCUCCCCUCCCUCUCUCUCCACGUUCUGCUCCCACUCUCUUUCCCCUGGCCCCUUCCCCUCCCCUCCGGGCGGAAAGCCCCCCGAAACCAACAAAGCUGAGCCGAGGGAAACAAACAAAACAAACACACCGGGCCAGACAAGCCAUCGACAAAACUUUGCAAAAGCAGAAACAAAAAAGGAAAAACUAAUCAACCUCAACCAACCAGCCCCCGAGCCACCCGGGGCGCCCUCCCGCGCCCUCUCGCACCCUCGCACACACAAAAGGCUGCGCGCCGGAGCCCGAGACCCGGGAGCCGCCGCCGCCCGCAGCCAGGGGAGCAGGAAGUCCGGACGCGGCCCCCAUAGAUAUGGCAAUGGUAGUCAGCACGUGGCGCGACCCCCAGGACGAGGUGCCCGGCUCGCAGGGCAGCCAGGCCUCGCAGGCGCCGCCUGUGCCCGGCCCGCCGCCCGGCGCCCCGCACACACCACAGACGCCGGGCCAAGGGGGCCCGGCCAGCACGCCGGCCCAGACGGCGGCCGGUGGCCAGGGCGGCCCCGGCGGCCCGGGCGGCGACAAGCAGCAGCAGCAGCAACACAUCGAGUGCGUGGUGUGCGGGGACAAGUCAAGCGGCAAGCACUACGGCCAGUUCACGUGCGAGGGCUGCAAGAGCUUCUUCAAGCGCAGCGUGCGGAGGAACCUGAGCUACACGUGCCGCGCCAACCGGAACUGUCCCAUCGACCAGCACCACCGCAACCAGUGCCAGUACUGCCGCCUCAAAAAGUGCCUCAAAGUGGGCAUGAGACGGGAAGCGGUGCAGAGGGGCCGGAUGCCGCCCACACAGCCAACCCACGGGCAGUUUGCGCUCACCAACGGGGACCCUCUCAACUGCCACUCGUACCUGUCCGGAUAUAUUUCUCUGCUGCUGCGCGCCGAGCCCUACCCCACGUCGCGCUUCGGCAGUCAGUGCAUGCAGCCCAACAACAUCAUGGGCAUCGAGAACAUUUGCGAACUGGCCGCGCGGAUGCUCUUCAGCGCCGUCGAGUGGGCCCGGAACAUCCCCUUCUUCCCUGACCUGCAGAUCACCGACCAGGUGGCCCUGCUUCGCCUCACCUGGAGCGAGCUGUUCGUGCUCAAUGCAGCCCAGUGCUCCAUGCCCCUCCACGUCGCCCCGCUCCUGGCCGCCGCUGGCCUACACGCCUCACCCAUGUCCGCCGACCGAGUGGUCGCCUUUAUGGACCACAUACGGAUCUUCCAAGAGCAAGUGGAGAAGCUCAAAGCACUGCACGUCGACUCCGCCGAGUACAGCUGUCUCAAGGCCAUAGUCCUGUUCACCUCAGAUGCCUGUGGUCUCUCUGAUGUAGCCCAUGUGGAAAGCUUGCAGGAAAAGUCCCAGUGUGCUUUGGAAGAAUACGUUAGGAGCCAGUACCCCAAUCAACCAACGCGAUUUGGAAAGCUUUUGCUUCGCCUCCCUUCCCUCCGCACGGUCUCCUCCUCAGUCAUAGAGCAAUUGUUUUUCGUCCGUUUGGUAGGUAAAACCCCCAUCGAAACCCUCAUCCGGGAUAUGUUACUGUCCGGCAGUAGUUUUAACUGGCCGUAUAUGGCAAUUCAAUAAAUAAUAAAUCAAAAUAAGAAGGGGCAGAGAAACAGAGAAAGAAAAGGCAAAAGACUGGUUUGUUUGCUUAAAUUCCUUCUGUUAAGAAAGGAUAUAAAAGGAUGUUACAAGUUUGCUAAAAGAAGAGAGGGGAAGAAUUUAAUGGACUGUGAAUUUCCAAAAAAAAAAAGACUGUCAAAUGAACUUUUACAGAAUGCAUUAAAAAAAAAAAAAACUCCUGUGUCGGUCAGAGCAACUUGCUACUUAUCAUUUUUGUAUAAAAAGGAAAUUAGUCUUUUUCUUUUUUUGGUAAAUUUUUGAAAAAUAUUGCUAAAAGUGCAUUUAAGGAGAUUGGGAGAAAAUUAGCAGAAUGGAGAAAGUAAGUCUUUUUUUUUUUUCCAAAUUAUUAAUUGUCCUGUGUCUAUGUACCUCUAGCUGUUCUUUUUUGUACUUUUCUGGUUCCAAACCAGUUUAUUCUGUGGUUCUAUAAUAAGUUUUGAUAUAAUCUUGGCUUCUUAAAAACUGUGUAUCCUUAAAAUAUAUGUUCUGCAAGAAUUAAAACUGAGUCCAUGAAAAUAUCAUAGGAAGACAUAAAACUUUAAAAGGCAACUCAGAGAUGAUGGAAACGCACUUAGAAGUGGUGACCAAAAAUUUUAGGCGAAGUUGAGCACUCUUAAUUUGAGAACUAGAGGAACCACAUACACUUAACUUCCCCAUCCUGCCCCCCCCCAAAAGACACCAUGACAAACCUAGCUUUUUAAAAAUAUUUUAAGAAAGAGAAUGAACUGUGGAAUUUAUUGGCAGCCAAGGAAUGUGUCCAAGACACAUGCUGAGGUUUUGAAUAAAAAGUGAACUUUUGUAAUUUGAAUUGGGUCCCGCUUAGUUCUUGAAUUGUUACGAAAAUCCUAUAUCUGUUUGUAUAUUUGCAAACCCUUUGUAUUAUAAUUGUUGAUAUUUUCCCUUUUUAAAAAAUACCAUUGAAAUCAGCAUGACAAAAUAACACUGUUGGCACUUAUAGGUAACGUGAUUGAUUCAGUAUCUUAGAGUUUACAGUUUGUGUUUUAAAAAAAACUGAAGGUUUUUUUUUUAAGUGCAACAUUUCUGUAUACUGUAAAAGUUAUAAUAACUGAACUGUUUGGUCGAGUCUUUGUGUGUUAUAUUCCAAGGAAAAUUGAAAGUAUUCAGAAAUUAAAAUAUUAUUUGAUAUCUGAAA